CUUGGUUUUAAGUUUAGUUUGAAAAUUAACGGCGCGCAUGGCGGACGUUGAGGUGUUUUAAGAAAAAGAUUGCACGUGAAAAUUUUUGGAAAAUUUAAAAGACGUAACUUGAGCGCGCAACGUGCCUGAGAAAUAAAAAUUGUAUAACAAAGAAAGGUACAUUCGCAUUUCCAUUUUUCCAUACAAUCGUGUGUGUCGCUGCUAAAACCAAGUGCAUAUCUUAGUGGUUCAUCGAAUUCAUUAGCCCACACGUGAGUGAUAGCGUUGCACAUUCAAAACCAUUCAGGCGGUGCAAAAAUUUAAAUAAAAAACCAAAUUAACCCAGAAUUGCUUUGGCAAAAGUUUUCAAGCACAAAUUUACGCAAAAAGAAAAUAUUAAAAAUUAUAUUUCUUUACAACAGUAAUUCGCAAACACAAUUCAUUGACAGUGUGGUGUGAAGAAAUCUUAAUUGCAUUACAACGAUUUUUAUUGUCUUUGCUGUUGUCUCAUCCCGCUUGGUUACGACCAUAACUAAUAAAUAGUGGUACAUUCAGUCGUCUCGCUAUUCAUCUUUCCGCAAACGACUACACGCUCCACCUUACCAGCGGCACCACUCUCCAACCACAUCACAAAAUAUGGAUGUCGCUUGGCGUUUUCGUAUCAUGAUCUUCACAGCAUUGGCCUUGAUGCUAUUUGGCGAUUUUUACGGUUAUGGCAGUGUAAGAGGCGUUAAAUCGGAUACAAAUCAAGCAGCUGCAGCAGCGGCCGCCACCACCGGUCCGGGCAAAUUCCAGCAAAGCGAUGCGGAUAUUGAUAUUGGCGAAGACACAGAAAUCAAUGAUUUUUCCGCUGUCGCUCUUCAACGAAAGCAAAAUACGCUUAAAUCACAGUUAACAGAUGCCAUUAAGGAAUCUUGCCUGCCAAAAAUGUUAUGCGAAAUGGCUGCUAAGCCAGAAUAUCUGCUUACCGAAAAGGAGAAGGAUCUGUUGUAUUUAAUAAGAUCCUCCACCAUGUCGGCAAUGAAUGCUGCGCCGAGUAAAUGGCAUUUCGCCGCACAUAUGGGUGAAUUACUACGCUAUACAGGCGAUGACAACAGUGGUCCCAUGGGCUGUGCUAACCUCUGGCCUAAUUGUCCGAUUAGUUCGAAGAAAUUAAUGAAGUUAUCGCAUAGAGUGAAACUGUAA